CCUCACUUUUCCUCAAGUGGACGACGCGGGCGGUUGUGGUAUUCGUCUUGCGACGCGGACCCGACAGAGUCCGCGUAGCUGGACGCUAUUUCCAUAUUUACUAGCGUUCGUUAAUACUUAAAGCUACUUAGCCGUACGUUGCACCUUCUAGAAGCUCGUUCGAUCGUCGUUAUUCCCGUGUGCUAAUGCGUGGCCUUUCAGAAAGCUCCCCAAGUCGCGCAAUGGCGGAGGACUUUGAUGUCGAAGCGAUGCUGGAGGCGCCAUAUAAAAAAGGGGAGCAGGACUCCUCUUCCAAAGACAAGUCCUCCAAGGAGAAUGGGUCUAGCCGUAAAUCAUCUGGGAAGAACAAACAUCGCUCGAAAUCUCGCUCCCGGUCCCGCGACCGACGCGACAAGGAGCGUCGGGAUCGCGAUCGAGACCGGGACAGGGACAGAGAUCGCGACAGAGACCGAGACCGAGAUCGAGAUCGAGAUCGCGAUCGCGACCGAAGACGGAAGUCACGUUCUCGGGACAAGCGAGAGCGAGAGAGGGACCGAGAACCAGAAAGGGACAGGGACAGAAGAGACAGAGAUCGCGACAGAGACAGGAGGAGAAAAAGGUCCUUGACACCAAUAACUCUACCCAGGGCUCGACCACCCUUUGGAAAAGGAGUAAGCCCUCUUGGCAUAAAUGAUGAGCUAACUCCGGAAGAACGGGAUGCUCGAACUGUGUUCUGUAUGCAGUUGAGCCAACGUAUUAGAGCAAGAGAUUUGGAGGAAUUCUUUUCGAGUGUUGGUAAAGUCCAGGAUGUCAGACUUAUUACUUGUAAUAAGACGAGGCGGUUCAAAGGCAUCGCAUAUGUCGAAUUCAAAGAUCCUGAAAGUGUCACACUUGCUCUGGGACUCUCUGGUCAGAAACUUCUCGGUGUACCUAUUGUGGUGCAACACACUCAAGCUGAAAAGAACCGCAUGGGUAAUUCUAUGCCCAACCUAAUGCCUAAAGGACAAACUGGUCCUAUGAGACUUUACGUUGGAUCUCUACAUUUCAACAUCACAGAAGAUAUGCUUCGUGGUAUUUUCGAACCCUUCGGCAAGAUUGACAACAUUCAGCUGAUCAUGGACCCUGAAACUGGAAGAAGCAAAGGUUACGGGUUCCUCACUUUUAGAAAUGCGGAUGACGCGAAGAAAGCUUUAGAGCAGCUAAAUGGCUUCGAGCUCGCUGGUAGACCUAUGAAAGUUGGUAAUGUUACGGAACGAACAGACUUAAUUCAGGGACCAUCUCUACUAGACACCGACGAACUGGAUCGAAGUGGGAUUGACCUCGGUGCAACUGGCAGGCUACAAUUAAUGUUCAAAUUAGCAGAGGGUACGGGUCUUGAAAUUCCCCCUGCGGCAGCAAAUGCUCUUAAUAUGGCACCUGUCAUGACAGCUCCUCAACCACCACCGCAAGCAGCUCCACCAAUCGCUACGCAGUGUUUCAUGCUUUCAAACAUGUUUGACCCACAAAAUGAAACCAAUCCAAACUGGGCAAAAGAAAUUCGCGACGACGUGAUCGAGGAAUGCAACAAACAUGGAGGGGUACUACACGUUUAUGUGGAUCAAGCAUCACCACAGGGCAAUGUAUACGUGAAAUGUCCAUCGAUUGCAACGGCAGUAGCUGCUGUAAACUCGUUACACGGCCGGUGGUUCGCCGGUCGUGUCAUAACGGCUGCCUAUGUGCCCGUUGUCAAUUAUCACUCCUUAUUCCCGGAUGCGAUGACGGCCCUGCAACUUCUCGUCCCAAGUGCCCCAAGACGGGGAAUGUGAUCCUAAAAAUUAACAACAGUUUCGUGAUGUAGAUUCAUUUGCAGUCUCGUUCUAAUGUUACGGCAUAAUUUUGGUACACAUAGUUGCACGAACUUUCAAUGAGCGACGAAGCAACCACUGGCGAAAUCAAUGAUGAAUCCGCUGUACGGUGAUUCCUUAAAAAGGAGACCGAAAGGAAUCUGCGAAGGAACGAAUAAACAGUACCGUUACAAUAUAACAUCACUUUGGAUGUACACUUGGCGUGGAAAAUGACUAUUUUUCAAAUUAUUGAUUUUGCGUUGUUCAUUUCUUAGACGAGGAAAAAAAAACUACCGAAAGUAAUUCCUACCUUCACCUUCGAGCUCAACGAUAUAUUAGCUAGUUUUGAAAUUACCAGAUGUAUCGAAUUAUAAUGUAAUACCUCGAAUGUUCCUUUUCUAUUGACACACGAUCAAUGAUAAUCGAUAUCGUGGUGGAAAGAUACGUAACUGAUCGUUGAAUCAAACCACUACCAGUUCGUUAACAGACACGGUGUAAUGUGGAAUUAUUUCGAAAAGUAUUAACUUAUUAACUCUAGGUUUGUUACAAUUUUUAUAAAACGAGUGUUAUGUGAGGAUCUGCGACUAUUUGUUUCCAUUGUUGGCUGGUUUUACAUUCGAAGUAUCUACGAUCAUCACUGUGUACUUUCCCGAUGUUGAGAACUUACGUUUAGGAAUUGAUUUUUGCCAUGUACAAAGCCUAGUCUAGUAUUUGCGAUUAUGGAAUAAUCCAACGGGACUUCACAGGAUGUGAAAGGGUCAAUCUACCUAAAAGUGUUUCUUGUCGCUGAAUACUUGGAAAUUCAGUCACCUAAAAGUGAGAUUUACUUACAAUGUUCGGUACUAGUUGAUUUGUAAUAUUUGUUACAUACAUUAAUCGUAAAUUCCCCGAAUUUUCUCCGAAUAUGUUACUGCGGAUUGCUGUAUCCAAGUUACGAAGGAGAUACUGUACAUAUGUUUUGUAAAAUACAAACUAAAAGUAGGAUUACACGUUACACAACUAUAUGUCGUAAUAAUACAAAUGUACGGUAUAAUACAAACGAGACAACCGAAAAUGGCCGAAGUGUUUGCGACGACUAAAUUCAUUUUUUCACUAAUAAUAUACAAAAAAAUUAGGAAUAAGCUGAUAACCGUCAAACCUUUGAAAGUUAGUUAUUACAAAUGUACGCAUAAUCAUUAAACGGCCAUUUGUUGCGUGUAACAUACGUAUUAAAAUCAGAAGUGCGUAAACCAAAAACUUCUUAUUUUCGACCGACAGCAAAAAUUUACAAAAAACUGCUUCUAACCACAGUGAAAGUUAAAGUAUAUACAAGCUCAAAAUGUGUCAUAAUAAAUAAAAUACGGGUACAGGACGAGUGCAUA